UUUGACAUUUCAUUGUUUGCUGUGCAGAAUAGUACAGUCGGUGAAGGAUCUAAAACUGGAGAUAAAGAAUCAAAAACCAUUUCCAAUGAGCUCGCGUCUGCUAUAAACGAUGGACUUUACUUCUAUGAGCAGGAACUGAAAACCAAGAGAUCAAAUCGUAAAAAGAACAGCUCCAGCUAUGAAAAUAGAGAUGCAAACUCAAGAUUAUCAAACAUUGACAAAGGCUUUUCAAAAUUGAAGCCUGGAGAAAUAUCUAACUGUAGUAUUGGCAUUGAAGAGUCUGGAAGUGCUAAUUCCCGGAAGAAGCAAAGUAAAAACUUCCAAAAUCAGCAGUCGUCCCAUAGACAGAGAUUCUUCUCAAGCAACUUUAGAAAUUAUGGAACUGCUCGGAACUCUCUAGGAAUCAUAUCAGAAAGUCCACCAAGUAACUCUGUUGGCUUUUUCUUUAGUUCCACGCCUCCUGAAAGUCAUGGACCAAGGUCUUCAAAAUUGAGUGUUUCUCCCCAUGGGUUUCUCUCGAGCAGUAGUCCACCGAUGGGUUCUGUGCCAAAGUCAUUUCCACCAUUUCAGCAUCCAAGUCAUCAGCUUCUAGAAGAAAAUGGUUUUAAACAACAAAAGUACCUAAAGUAUCAUAAGCGUUGCCUAAAUGACAGGAAGAAGUUGGGAAUUGGAUGCAGUGAGGAAAUGAAUACUCUGUAUAGAUUUUGGUCUUAUUUCCUAAGAAGCAUGUUCAACUCUUCGAUGUAUGAUGAGUUCCGGAAAUACGCACAUGAAGAUGCUGCUGCUGGUUAUAAUUAUGGAGUCGAGUGCCUUUUCAGGUUCUAUAGUUAUGGUUUGGAGAAGGAUUUUAGAGAGGAUCUGUAUAAGGACUUUGAACAGCUCACAGUUGAGUUUUACCAUAAAGGCAAUCUCUAUGGCCUUGAAAAGUAUUGGUAACUAUUCUUAACAUUAACUUCCUUUUUCU